UCAAAAUGACGUGUGCAGAACAGCAGCAUGAUUAUUUGUUGAAAUUUUCAUGGUGUGUCUGCUAUGCGUUCAUUGUAUCUUGAUUUUAAGCUUAUAACACCAUGAAUAAGGAAAAGUUCUAGUCACAAAUUCGCUGUGUUGCUUAGUAUUAUAAAGUGCUGUUGCGGAAAAACGUGUAGAUACACAAAAUUUACAUAAACACGUUAGAUUAAUGAGAAAAAAUGAAGACCAAAGCAAUUAAUAAUCGUCAUUCGAAAUCCUUAGUUUAUUGGAUCAGGCUUUUAGUAUUUUUUGCCUCUAUCUGCUUAAGUUUAAGUGCGUCCAGUGAUCCCUACUCAAUUCUAGGGGUACAUAAACGAGCAUCCAUGCAGGACAUACGUCGUGCUUAUAAACAAUUGGCAAAAGAAUGGCAUCCUGAUAAAUCCAAACAUCCCGAAGCUGAAACAAGAUUUGUAGAAAUCAAACAAUCCUACGAAUUGCUAUCAGAUUCGGAACGUAGACGAGCCUUUGACCAAUAUGGAAUAACAAACGAAGAUGCAGUUCUCGAUCAUAAUCGUCCAGAAUAUAAUAAUUACGGUCGUUUCAAGGACACAUUUGAACAUUUCUAUGGAGCACAUAACUUCAAUUAUCAUGAUCAAGAUAUUAGCUUGUAUCAUCGCCUUUCAAUUACCACAAAAUACUAUGAAACCAACAUUGUACCGAAAAGUCGUCAUACACCUCAGAUAAUCAUGUUUUACGCCGAUUGGUGCUUUGCAUGCAUGAAAGCUGCAAAUUCUUUCAAAAAGUUAAUAGACACGCUUGAACCAUAUGGAAUUACUUUUGCCACUGUUAAUGCCGGCCACGAAGAACAACUUGUAAGAAAAGUCGGUGUACACUCGCUACCAUGCGUAAUUAUGGUGCUAAAUGACCAUAAUUAUGUUUACAAAGAUAGUGUUUUCAAUCCACAGCACGUUGUGGAUUUUAUAAGACAAAAAAUGCCUUAUAAAUUAUUGACGCCUGUUACAGAUAAUACGCUUGACAAAUUUUUGAACGGAUGGGUUGAUAAUCGGGUUCGUGCUCUAAUUUUAGAACCAAGAAUGCAACCACGACUACGUUAUCUUAUAACUGCAUAUUACUUUCGCGAACGAGUAGUAUUUGGGUUUGUUGAACUUAACUCUAAAGAAUCUGCAUACAUUCAAGCUAAAUUUAAAGCGCAUCCUGAACUUGAUACAUUACUUAUUUUUAAUGAAUUUCCGCCUCAACCAAUUGCGACGGUCACAAUGUCUGAUAUUCCUUCAACAACGUUGAACAAUAUUAUUUCACUCAACAAAUAUCUCAUACUUCCACGACUUUCAUCCCAAGACAUGCUGGAAAGUGUAUGUCCAGCUGAAUGGAAUCGCCCUCGUAAAAAAUUGUGCGUUGUGUUAGUCACUGAAAAUACCAGAUUGCAUGAUGGAGCACGUACUGUAAUGCGUAAGAUAGCUUUAGAAUCUCUUUAUAAUCGAGAGAAAGUACGGUUUGCUUACAUCUAUCAAGAAAAACAGAAUGAUUUCAUCAGCGCCUUUUCAAAACACAAUCAAUCGAAAGAAACACUACUGCAGAUUAUUAUCUUUUGGCGUCGAGAUACCAAACAUAUUCGUUAUGAAUGGGUCGAUCAAACUAUUCUCGAAGCAGAUAAAGUCUUAGAAAACGACACACACGAUCAAUAUUUCAACAAUACAAAACAAAAACUGGAUUCAAUAAUUCAUCGCUUGCUACGAUCCACGGAAGCGCUUAGUUUUGAAACGGAAGUCAAGGAUCUAUUUGAUGAGAAUUCGGAAAGCUCGAUUAUGCGCAUGCUAAACCGCAUCAUUCUGGCAUUAGAAUACAUUUCAGAUAAUUUAGGACACGAACAUAUUCUUCCAGCGAUAUCUGUUCUUGGUACCGUAACCUUUAUUCUUAUCAUUGGAUAUCUAAUGUCCUACCUGCUACAUUUAGAAGAAGAAGACAUCCAACUUAACAAAAGCAAACGCUUGGAAAAUUCAAACGGCGUAUCGAGUACUAAUCGAGCAGAUAUGGAAAAACAAUUUCGAGCAAAUGUCACUUGGGUAGGGACUGCGAUGGCUCGAGCAAUCCAAUCUGUCGCCCUGAAUGACACCCAGCUUCCACUCCUCCGGUAGUUCCUCCUGCUCUCAGACUUUCACGAUCAGCUGAUGCAUUUCGGCGGUAAGCCUCUCCGGCCACAUCUUGAAGAGCUCGGCCGCCAGUCUAUCACAGCCAGCAGACUUAUUGCUCUUAAGCUGCUUCAUGGCGCUGGCAAUCUCAUCCAGAGAUGGCGGGGGCACCUCGUCGUCUGCGCCGAUGCUGUCGCUGUUGUUACUACUGUGCUGCUGCCGUGGUGGUUGCCUUGUUCUGCCACUUGCGUUGCCUUGUUGAGCCUCUCCUGUCUCUGAUCCAUUCAGAUGUUGUUGCGAAAAGGUACUCAAAAGAAAGUUUCGUAGAUAUUUGUUAGUGGCAAAAAAUCACAAAAUUAGUUUUUUAUUCUCCGAGUAAUUGGCGCGAAAAGAGGCCGGGAGUCCGUCCUCCGGCCCUUUUAUCCUGUCACCACCUCCCGCGAUGGAAUCGCGAUGGAGUUUUCUCCUGUCGGGCUGCGGAACUCUACAACGGUUUCCUCUCUACAUUUGUGGUGUUCCCCAGAACCAUAACAAACGCUGUUGUCACAACAGAUGUCCUUCGAAGUAGCACUUCUACCGUUCGAUCACCUCCCGCUCGUCCAUCAGGAGAUUUCCUUCCGCAUCCCGACACAUUGCAGGUUUUAGGAGCAAACCCGCUCCUUGCCUCCUUCAAUCUCCUGUAGAACAAGCGGGUGUCCCCCGACUGAGAAAGCUGUUCCAGUAGCUGUUCGUUUGACUCUUCAAAACGGUACUGCUUGACCUGGAAGAGCAGGGUUUGCUGUUUCCUCAGUCGUCUGUAGAUCUCCACGUUCUGAAGGGUUUCAUGCCGUAGCAUGCGGGCGCGCGCUGCAUUCUUCUCGGAUAGUGCUCGUCUGUACUCAUCGUCGAAACAUUCAUUUUUCUCUCUACGUGGUAAGCGGCCGAUCUUGUGUUCAGGCUGCAGUGCUGAUGGCUCGUUCCAUCAUACGCCAGUGGUCUGCGAGGGACAUCGCGGCGAUGUUGUUGUCGGCCGGAAGCGCUUUCCCGAGCGCUGUCGCAUACCCCUCUGCCACACCAGCACACUUCAACCGGUCCAGGUUGAGCCAUGGAGUGGGCUGACUCCGUUGGUUGUUAAUCACGGAGAGUUUCUGGCGCAGCUUUACCAUGACCAAGAAAUGGUCCGAGUCGACGUUUGCGCCACUAUACGUUUCAACGUCGAUAAUAUUCGAGAAGUGCCUUCCGUCAAUCAGAACGUGGUCGACUUAGAAUUACCGCUAGGGUGUCUCCAGGUGUAACUAAGGCGGUGUGCAUGCUGGAAGUAGGUGCGGCAAAUGUUCAUGUGCUUGGAGGAGGCAAAUUUUAUCAGCCUGAGGCCGUUGUCGUUAAUCAGCUGGUGUACGCUAAAUAUUCCGAUGGUUGGUUUAUAUGCCUCCUCCUGUCCGACAUAAGCAUGAAGGUCUCCGAUCACGACCUUCACGUUGUUUUUUGGGCAGCGGUCGUACUCCCUCUCCAGCUGCGUGUAGAAGGUCUAUUUCUCGUCAACGGUGCUCCCAAGAUGCGGACUGUGUACAUUAGUAAUCAUUACUAAUGCCACGAAUCCUCAACCUGCGCGUCUGUUUGUUGACCGGCCCUCGGUUGCAUCGCACCCAGCACCAUGAACGCAGUAUCGAGCUCGCGCGUCUCUCCACCGCUCUGGUAAAUUGUGCAGUUGCUACGCUACUGGCGCACCGUCACGCCUUUCCAGCACACCUCCUCAAGACCCGCUUGGCAAAAUGUCGCGCGACAUGCAUGCUUGAAAUCGAUGCUUGUUAACAUUUUAUUUCAAGCAUCCUGAGUGACCCAGCGUGAGCGCUGAGCGCACCUCCCCUCAUUCUCAAUGCCGCGUUUUUGGUUAAUCCUCGCUCCCACCCUUUCUUUCCUUCUCAUCAACGGACCCACCAUUCCCGUGAGCGUUGGCCGACCAAAAAAUUCCAGGAAAUUCCUACAGUAAGUGUGCAGUUUUUUAUUCACAGUACUGUUUGGCAAAAUAUCAAUUCUUGAUGGCGCGUACUGGCGAUCAAAUCGUUAGCUGCUUGCUCCACCGAUGGUACGUGCUGUUGGAAGAGAAACACUUGCUGUUUGAUGCGUUAGCCUGAGGAAUGAAAGAUAUAUCGAGCAUUAGAAUGGUGAACAAAACUAGUACUAUUUAAAACUUACCGAUCACGAAGAUAUUUUAAAUUAAACGGCGACUCUGUAUGCCCUAUCCAUCUGCUUUGAUCUGUUAUCAGAAGCUUUGGUGAUGAAAUAGCUACGUGUGAUGGAAAAUAAUAGAAGAAUAAUCAAACAUUAAAAGCAGUACGAUUGUUAGAACACAAACAUCAUUUGGAAGAUUCUUCUUCUUAUGCAUACACUUACCCGUAGAUCAUGUAACAAAAAAUACUGCAUUUACGCCUGCGUUGACAUCUUUCACGAUUGACUUAACCACUUUUCUAUUAUCAUUUAAUAAUUUUCGCUGCAUCUUCCGGCACCAAUCCUUCCAAAAUGAAAUUUGCAUUCGUUCUGGCAAUGAGUUUCGAACGAUCACAACACAGCGCGAGAGUGAAGAACACAAAAUAAAUGGCACUAUGUACAAGUGUUGAUCAUAUGGUCAAAAUAGAGUAUAAUGUAAUUUAUUUUACUUCAAAUGAAUUGAUUUUAUUCUGAUUUAAAUUUCAACUAUUGUUAUCAGCCUAGUUGAUAAUGUUUAAAAUUUUGAUGAAGUGAAAACAUCAUUACCAGAUAAAUGAAACGAUAAUCGACGCAUUUUGACCAUAUCGAAUUAUGAUCGUCUUUACACACUCGACAGACAAAGAGAGCGAAAUUUAUAGGCGAGGGGCAUGUAGAAACAGGGGGAAGGGGUUCGGUCGAAGUUGUAUUGGCCGCCAUAGUCGAGCCGCAGUGAUUUUUUUCCGAAUUGAGAGUGAGCGCGCGCAUCGCUCUCUCGCAUGCCUUCAAAUUACACGGGGCGCUCUCGCGAUACAAAACAGCUGAUCAGCUGAUACCCCCUUCCUCCCGUUUCUUUCCUCUCGCGCUGCGCUGGAUGCGCGGAUCAGCUGUUCUUGCUCUCUCGCGUUUCUUUCGGUUUGCGUUGCGCUGUUGCCGCACUUGCGCGCUGCGCUGAACACCCCCUCCCCGUCGUUUCUUUCGUUGCGCGUUGUGCGCUGUGCGCUUUCGUUCACUUUGAUUUGCUGCGUAAUAAAAUCGCAUGCAUCGAAAUAAAUUUAAUUACAUCAAACUCGUUUGAUAUUUUUACACUUUAUUGAAACUUAAGGCACAGUUCCACACAUCGCUAACCACAAUCUUGCCACAAAACCACACAUUUUUUUUAUUAUAAAUAUUUUAAAAAAAUCGUCACUUCAAGCACCCGCCUUACUGCCUGUAUGUUGUGUAUGUUGAAUACUGUAAAAAAAGCAUUGAAAUAAAGUAGCAUAAUUUACAUAUUCAUGUUGAAUUAUGAAAGAUUAACGCUGCUUUAUUUCAAUGUGCACAACACUUCAACACUUGAAAAUACGACCGAGGCCGUAAUAAUGUGAAUUGAAAUAAAUAACACUUCAACACUUCACUUCAAAUUACAUCGAGCGCCCGGGACUUAGGCUAAAACGCGCGCGGCCUCACACUGCGAAGGCUUGAACUGUACUGACGAUUUUGUGUGGUAGCAAGAAAGGGAACGCACGAGGAACACUCGCUGCACUAGUGCGAGCGAGACACCGACAUCAGCAAGCCGCUGCGAGAAAACCAAACUGAGCGCGCUGGCUGAAAGUGAACGCACACAUUCACACAUGUGUGUUUGUGUGAGUGCAAAAGCUGUGUAGAAAGCAAAACACGCUCUCGCCGCCGCGUAAUUCCGCGUAUUUCCAACCGUCUCCCCCUGCUUCUACAUGCCCCUCGCCUGAAAGACGCACACUUUUACAUUCUCAUUGCUAGUAGGGCAUAGUGUCAUCUCUUGCGCUUCAGGGUCUCACGCUCAGAGCAAAAAUUCUCCCAUCUUCGCAACGGUGGGUGCGUUCAGCUGUGGAGGGCGGGAGGAGUGCGAGUGUGUGUCCCAUGCACACAGCGAAAUUUUGGUCAACACCUCGAUGGUGCGAGCGUUUUUCCAUGGGAUGGGGUAGUGGAGUGCGAGUGUGUCGCAUGAUUCCUUUAAAACUAGGGUCAUGGGUAGCGAGAGGCAUCAUAAUGAGUUACUCUUUGCCAAACGGGUACUUCAUCGAACGUAAUUCUGGACUUUACAACCGGGUCUUAACAAUACUAUAGCGGAAUUUGGGGCAAGUGUGCCAUAGGGGCAAGAGUGCCACCAAGCAUUUUUUC